AUGAAUUUCAGUGCGGAUAAUGUCAGGGAGCUGAGGCACAGGCUGGAAGAUGCUGCUGUCAAGUGCUCUGAACGAUGCUUAUACCACUCUGCAAAAUGGGCGGCAGAAAUGCUGGACUCAUUGGCCCCCGUCGACCAAGGCGAAGGAACGGAUACGGAACCAAAUUCACCUAUGGACUUCUCGCCUACUACAAUGGCAAAUCCAUUUCUCGGGCCGCAAGACUCAGAAGAAGCCGCCCUGGAAGCCAGGGAAACUCACAAAUAUAUCCUCGCAAAAUCAUACUUUGAUACUCGUGAAUACGAUCGUUGCGCAGCCGUUUUCCUUCCUCCGUCCAUGUCAUCAAUUCCGUUAGCACCGCGUGCUCCAUCAACACCGAAAGCAAAGACACCGCUUCAGUCUCAAAAGGGCAAAGAACCAGCCUCAUUAUUUGGCAACAAAAAGAGCCACACCUCCACCUCACAAAACCCAUUUCCAAACUUGAGCCAGAAAUCUUUAUUUCUCGCCCUAUACGCAAAGUAUCUAGCCGGAGAGAAACGUAAGGACGAAGAAACCGAAAUGGUACUUGGACCAGCGGAUGGAGACAGUGGGCAGGGAUGGCUUGAGUACCUCUAUGGAGUGGUACUACUGAAGGCUAAGAAUGAAGAAGAGGCGAAGAAGUGGCUGAUAAGGAGUGUGCACCUUUACCCAUUUCAUUGGGGCGCAUGGCAAGAAUUGAACGACUUGUUAUCCAGUACAGAAGACCUCAAGCGAGUGGUGGACGAACUGCCCCAGAACAUUAUGACUUUAGUGUUCCAUCUGUACUCUAGCCAGGAACUCUACCAGGCCACAGAACAUACUCACCAAAUUCUCUCAGAACUUGAAAGUAUUUUCCCGUCAAGUUCAUUCUUAAAAACCCAGCGAGCAUUGCUGUACUAUCACUCAAAAGAUUUUGAGGAAGCAUCUCAUCUCUUUUCCGAACUUUUAAUCAACUCCCCCCAUCGUCUCGACUGCCUAGAUCAUUAUUCAAAUAUUUUAUAUGUUAUGGGCGCAAGGCCGCAGCUUGCUUUCAUUGCUCAACUCGCCACUGCAACCGAUAAAUUCCGGCCAGAAACAUGCUGUGUUGUGGGAAACUAUUAUUCCUUGAAAUCAGAACACGAGAAAGCGGUAAUGUACUUUCGACGUGCAUUAACAUUAGACAGAAACUUUUUAUCUGCAUGGACUCUCAUGGGCCAUGAGUACAUUGAAAUGAAAAAUACGCAUGCUGCCAUCGAGUCAUAUAGACGAGCUGUGGAUGUUAAUCGCAAAGACUACCGUGCAUGGUAUGGUCUCGGCCAAGCUUACGAAGUCCUUGACAUGUCUUUUUAUGCACUUUUCUACUACCAGCGCGCCGCGGCCCUUCGGCCAUACGACCCCAAGAUGUGGCAGGCUGUUGGAUCUUGUUACGCCAAGAUGGGCCGUAUCGAGCAGAGUAUUCGAGCACUUAAACGUGCGCUCGCUGCAGGAUCUUAUUAUGACGGCGGAGGCACGGGCUUGAACUCAUUUUCUAGUGCAGGAGGAGGUUUAAAUCCCAAAGACUCUGGAAACACUAAAAGAAUACUUGACCCUGAGACACUGCAUCAAAUUGCUACUUUAUAUGAAAAGCUAGGGGAUGAGAAUGAAACCGCCGCAUACAUGGAACUUACUCUACGGCAAGAAGCAGGGCUGACAGAUCAGGACGAUUCCGAUCUUGAAGACGAUGAAAGAGAAGGCUUAGGCGAAUCACGACGCUCCUCAUUUAGCCAUCGUGAUGAUGGGAAUGAGGAAGCAGGAGGAACGGGGGUUACAGCAACCACUUCUAAGGCUCGCCUAUGGCUCGCGAGAUGGUCUUUAAAACGGAAUAAUUUUGAUCGGGCGGGCCAACUGGCUAGUGAGCUAUGUCAAGAUGGAAUUGAGGUGGAGGAAGCGAAGGCAUUGAUAAGAGAUAUUCGGUCGAGAAGGGAGUUUCUCGACGCGCAACCUUGA